UAACAGCUCAAAGAUAACAGUCAAUAAACACUUUUUCUGGCUUAAACAAAUUACAUUUAAUGAGCAUAAGUCUUACCUAAGAAUACCGAGGCUAAUCUGUUUCAAUUAGCCAACGAAAUUAUUAUUAAUGUCGAAAGGGCCCGGAGUCACUAUAAACCACCGAAGACAAAGCUUGUGAAUUGUGUGUGUCCCAAUUCUGAUCAGAGAAAAAUGAAUGGUUUAAUUGUAUUCAAUAGCGCCAACGAUGUCGCCUAUCAGAAUCUGAAUGCCGAUCUAACCGAUAAGAUAUGCCAUAUAGCCAUCACACAGCGCCUAAUGCCAGAGGGCAGUGGAUCAGCACUCGACAGCAAUGUACUGCUGCAAAUCUUCAGUCCGAUAAUCAGUUCGCAGAGAAUUAUGCAUUGCCAAUUUGACAAUGCUUAUGCGAGUUUCCAGUGUGAGCAGGGCUUCAAUUUGGUCUUUGGCGAGCUGUUGGGCUUCACGUUCUUGAAGAUUGGCCAACUUGGGAUUGAGCAACUGCAGCGACAACUGGGCGUGGCCAUAACACUGACCCGCUAUUGCUAUGGCGCCAAUUUGUUUGGAUCGCAGGCGGGGGCGAUGCAACAGGAGCUGUUGACGGAGUGCCUCAACUGCUACGAGACACAGCUGUGCAAGGAGGAGCAGGCCUAUCUGCUGGAGGCAUUACCCAAGCUGAUCAUCAAUGCGGAACUGAAGCGCACUGUGCACGUGACACUUGAUGCAUCACUGGAGCAGCUGCGUCAAGCUGGUGGUCAGCAGCGGGCACAUGCUCUGCUGCUCGUCUCCCACAAGCUGGUGGCAUUGAAUAGCACCCGUUUGGCGUUGCCGCUGGCGCCAGCGGAUCUACUCUUUCUGGCCAUACUCGCCAGAGCUGUACAGGCACAGAAAUCCCAACGAGCUGUGGCCGUCUUCCUGCAAGGCGUCUCCCACGAUGUGAAUUCGGGUUGUGUGCCCAGCAUUGUGCACAUUUCGCGUCUGCAUGGCCAUCAGGUGCUGCUGCAGCUCAUCGAAUAUGGUCAUAUGCCGUUGACCAGUUCCAUUUAUGAUACAUUCUUUGUGCUGCAGAAGAUUGUCGCCGUGCAGCAACAGGGCGAUGCGGAUGCCCUCAAGCCCGCCUUUGAGAGUCUCGAAUCCUUUGUGAGUCAAACGCUGACGGCGCUGAAGAGGCACCUGAAGCAACGACAUGAUGAUCUGGAGAACUGCAUCAAAAAGUUUACGGCUCGCUGGGAGAAUCUGCGCAAGAUGUACUUGGAGUUCUUCAAGAGCUACGAGCGGGAACUGCUCGUUCGCAUCGAGUCCAAUUUGCCCGCCUUUGUCGAGGAACUGAAGCAAUUGUUCACCCUCUCGCUCGCCACCUGCGAUAGCGCCAGUAAUCCUCAGCUGGAUCAACUUGCCGACUCGGCGGCAAUAGUCGAAGCCAAGCUGUUGGAAUUUGCGGAAUUUCUCGCUGUUAAAGCGGCACGCAACAUCUCGAUUGAUGCGUAUCUGGAGGAUUUCCCCGGCUUGGUGCAUUUCAUGUAUGUCAAUCGGAGCACGGGUCAAAUGCUGGCGCCGGACUUACGCCAGAAUAAUCCACAGCUGUUGCCCAAAACGAAGCUGUGGCAGAUGGUUGAGUUUACGCGCAGCUAUCUGAAGAAGGGACAGACAACGGUCAUGUGGAAGGAUCGCACUUUCCACUACUCGUAUUUCCUCUGGUUCGAGGAUCUUUCGGGUGGCAUUUUGAAAUGCUCGCUGGAUUUGCAGCAGCAUUUUCUCUCCACGGGCUUUGGCAGCGCCAGCGGCAAUGGACAGAAAUCGCCCGCAGAACCGGGCGCCUUGCCCAUGGACUAUUAUAGCGAUCUUGUCGAGCUCUGUUUUCCCAAACUGUCGCCGGGCAAAGUCCGAGUCUAUGAAUUGUAUUGCAUCCAUUUGGGCCUGGUCACAGCUACCUGUGCCGUGGAGCAUGCCAGACGCCUCGUGGCCACCAUCAGUGAUGUCGUUGGCGAAGAGACAUUUUAAAUACCUUUAAUAUUAUUUUAAUUGCUUACUUUAGACUUGAUUUAAUUACAACAUUCCAAAAAUGGAACGCAUUUUUAUUAUACAUUUAUAAUAUCUUAAUUGUUAUUUAGACUUAAUUUAUGUGUGAAAUUCCAAAGAACAUUGUAACUCUCCCAUGCCCCAUGAUGCUAGUCAAUUUUGGCCUUUGUUUUAAGUAUA